AUGGAUAAUGCCUGCGAAUCGCCCGCAGACAAAGGUGGAGAAACAGGGGAGUCGACUGAGACAUCUGCUGCACCCUUGGGUCCAGGAACCACCAAAACGGACAGAAUCCCUGAGGAAUCUGAAGGGGAUGGAGAUGGGGACUUGAAAGAAACCGCAGUGGAGGAAAGCGAGGUAGGGAGUCAGGACCUCUCAGAUUUAACACCACCUGAAAGAGACGACUCAUCAUUACUUACUCCUGCAGCCAAAAAAUUGAAAGUAGAUACCAAAGAAAAGAAAGAGAAGACGCAGAAAGUGGAUGAAGACGAGAUUCAGAAGAUGCAAAUCCUGGUUUCUUCUUUUUCUGAGGAGCAGUUGAACCGUUAUGAAAUGUAUCGCCGGUCAGCUUUCCCCAAGGCAGCCAUUAAAAGGAAUCUUUGUCCUCCUUUCAGGCUGAUCCAGUCCAUCACUGGCACCUCUGUGUCUCAGAAUGUUGUUAUUGCCAUGUCUGGUAUUUCUAAAGUCUUCGUUGGGGAGGUGGUAGAAGAAGCACUGGACGUGUGUGAGGAGUGGGGAGAAGUGCCACCACUACAGCCCAAGCAUAUGAGGGAAGCUGUUCGGAGGUUAAAGUCAAAGGGACAAAUCCCCAACUCAAAGCACAAAAAAAUCAUCUUCUUCUAA